UAAACACAGAACGAUGGCUAUUUUACAUUCAUGUUGCUUUUGGAGAUCCGUACGGAAAGGAAGUUUUGCCAGCGUGAUAUACACAAUGACAUAUUUUUCCAUUUCCUGUAUCACACUGACAACUUUUGUUUUGGAAAAUGAGGCAUACAUAUCAGGUGAAGUAGCGAAACCGCAAGGCGAGAGUUUUCUUGAUCAAGAGAUGACACCAACGACCUUCGUAUUCAACGUACUUCUACUGACAUGUGCAGCAUUCGGGAUUUUAUCAUCGAUACUCGCCAUUAUUGGAUUACGAAAGGAUAAGCGUGUUCUGUUGAUUCCCUGGAUUUUCGUGAUGAUAGCGGAUAUCGGAGUCGAACUUAGUCAUUUUGUAUAUUUAGUUGCCUACUCAAAAAUAGAAUUCGUGCCACUGACAGCAACAUUAUUCACAGUAGACUUUUUCAUAAUGUGUCUUAAUGUUUAUUCCUUGCUUUGCGUGAUAUCGCAAUAUCAAGAAUAUAAAGCAGGUCGAGGAGGCGCACCUCAUAAUAUAUUGUCGUGUACAGACAACGUGCAUUACAUUGCCCCAUCUACGACAUGCUUGAACAACAUUCGUCAAAGCAGAAAUAUGCUGAGUCCGAUAAUUUGUCCUCACACGCAUUGCAGUUUGAUACCCGAAGAGCCCUUAAAUGGCAGUUUAAAUUCAGCACAUUCGAAGAAGAACAAUGAUAAAGUACCGCCAUAUCAGCAACAGCAACAACAACAACGACAGGCACGUUUGUUCGUACUGAAGAAGUCGAAACACGUCAAUUUUCCCGAUGAUGAGUCGAAAAAGACAAAUCUCAUCAGUGUCGAGCCAAAAGUGAUGAUGUACAAAUGUGCCACGAAUCAGACUUCGAACGGAAAUAAAGUUAUCAUGAUUGACACGUUGCCAGAAUACAGUGAGGACAUAAUAUCAUGGCAAGAGCAAAACCAAUGA